AUUGUUCACCAGGUAAUGUGUCAGGUUCUAAAAAAAUCUACGUGAAAUUGUAUAAAUAGUGUGUGAAAUACCAUCCUAACCUAGAUUUCAAGGAAGUGUUCGUCCAUCGAUGGGACUCGUGACCUCCAUAUUCGUUAACGGACGACAGCAGAAAUAUGAAAAGUGAAGUCCGUAAAAGUCACCACCAUAGUCGUCAUCGCCAUCAUGAGCGCCAUUCUAAACAUAAACGACGGCAGGAGAGUUCAUCGAAAACAGCCACUGAUGACGCAUCCCCAGCUCCUGUUCCGUCAGAUACGUCGGGAAGUGAGAGAUGUUUUCCUGUUGCCAAGGACCAAUGUGGUGCUAGUGGCAGUGAAUCUCCCGAAAACGUUGCACGGAAACGGCGACAAAGGGACGGUGAAAACACGCGUUGUGAUGUGAUGACAAUUUCAAUUAGUGACACUGAUAACGACGCAGAAGGAGAUGAAGAGAAAGCCAAGAGAAGAAAGAAGCACAGACAUAAAGAAAAAAAGAAGAGAAAACAUUGCAAGAAACAUAGGCUGGACGACGAUCACACAGCUAAUCAUUUAAGUGAAUCGCGAAGGAAACGUGAUGGGGAAACUGAUAAUGACCAUUCGCCUGGUCAUCAGCAUGAACAACAACAGAUGCUAGUGAGAGUGAAACAGGAGCCACUAAGCAGUGAUGAAGAGACAAGACGCCGUCAAAGAGCAAAGGACCAAAAACAAUCAGCAGACGUUAACGACAGGAACUGGCAUUCCAACAGCAGUCACAACAGUUUGAGGCCAGACCAUCGUAUAAAGGAGGAACCCCGUGAUCGCUCUAGUUCUGGUGAGCGAAAGCCCCACCCAGAGCUACUUAGACGUGUUAAGCCAGAGAGGAGGAAUGGAACCAGCCACCGAGAUCGGAGGAAUGGCCGGGUGAACGGUGAAUUGUCAUCAUCCGUAAAGACUGAAAGGGAUGAUGAUUCUCAUUCAAGGAGCAGGAGCAGAAGACGGAGGAACGAUGAACAGGAGGAGCGAUCCAGGGACCAUGUAGGUGAUUCACGGGAAGGUCCUCGCCGAAUAAAACGUGAGCGUCCCACCGAAGACGAGAGGGAGUACGAGUGGGGCAAGUCUGACAACAAACAGGCUGCAAAUAACAACUCUGGAGGCCCUUCCUCAGCUGAGGAUAAGAAGAAGCCAAACUUUGGCCUGUCAGGGAAACUGACAGAAGAUGUCAAUGUUUACAAUGGUGUUGUUAUCAAGUACAGCGAGCCUCCAGAAGCUCGCAAGCCGAAACGUCGGUGGCGAUUUUACCCAUUCAAAGGCGAUGAGGCAUUGCCCACGCUGUACCUUCACAGACAGUCUGCAUUCCUGAUUGGCCGUGAUAGAAAGGUGGCUGAUAUCCCUGUGGACCACCCAUCGUGUUCGAAGCAGCACGCAGCCCUGCAGUAUAGACUUGUGCCUUUCACUCGAGAAGAUGGAACAAAAGGCAAGAGAGUGCGACCGUACAUCAUCGACUUGGACUCUGCUAACGGCACGUAUGUGAACAAUAAGCGUAUUGAGGCACGGAAGUACGUGGAACUGAUGGAGCGAGAUGUUAUUAAAUUUGGAUACAGCUCAAGAGAUUAUGUUUUGUUACACGAGCACAGCAAAGGCGAUGAAGAAGACGACGAUCAGAAUGGGUAGUCACAAAUGGCUGUCCGGGAGAUACUUUGAAGGAAGGUAGUUGCCUGUUUUAUUGAACUGGUUAGUUAACGUUUACUUGAAUGGGUGAAAAAAAAAAGUGAUUCAUUUGUUGAUAUUGUUGAAUGAGCUCCAUUCAUGUAGACCACUUUGUCAUAUUGUGCCCACUAGGCAAAAAUUUCCACUGAUUAAUGACAACGCUAGACUGCCUCAUUUUGUAUCACGUUGGUUGUGAUUCAUCAGAAUCGGUCAUUAAACCUCAACAAUGGCACUUCUGUCUUUCUUUUCAUCAUGCUACUUAUGUUGGUGGCUGUUGUUGUUGUUGUAACAAUUCUAAUAGCAGUAAAAGUACCUGUUUCAUCUAUAAAGUUGAUAAUAAUGCUGUUGUCUUAUAGUGGAGGAAAUGUUCAUAGUAGAAUAUGCGUUGAUGCCGUAUUAUUUAACUCAAUACUUCAAAAAGAGCAGAGAAAAGGACUAACUUCACCACAAGGGAAGUUGGUUAUGGUAGUAAUAACUCACUAGACUUAGUCCAUUGUAUGUUGUGCAGUGAUGUGGUCCCUGAGAAGUGUGUAGUAUGUUAUCUGUGGCACUUUUGCAUUUAAGACAAAAAUGACUGUGAUAUAGUUAUUAAAAACAGGGUAUGGGUUGAACUUAA